AUGGAAACACCACCCACUCUAAAAAAUCCAUACGUCCGCCUCCAUCGGGACCCUUCCUUAGACAAAUUUCCCCUUCCUCCUCCUCCCACCCCUAUCAAUUUAAUCCCAAAAUACUGCUUCAUUUGCGGGGGACACUCUUCUUUUUUCGACGCCGGCGACAUCCUCCUGAGCAGUGGCGACCUUGAACGAGUCUCUUAUUUUAAACGCGUCCUCAUCUCCUCGCGACCUUUUCGGGCCACCUUGUCCCCCAGAAAGUACAACAAUUUCAUGUCAAACACGUCCACGUGCGAGGAUUGUUUCGCCCUCGUUCGCGACAUUUGGAGGAUGCACAGACGAAUUAUUUCUGCACAGAAGGAGCUCCACGGUUUAGUGGAGAAAGGCCGGGGUAGAUUUAUCCAGGCUGAGAAGAAAGUGAAGAGGAAAUUUGGCCGGAUUGAAUCGUUCCACUCACCAAACUCCAGCCCCAAUAAUUCCGAAGAAGAAGGCAUAAAAUCGGAAAUAUUUUAUGACCAAGAAGAAGACAAUGAUUUCGAGUGUGUCCUAUUUCCCAAAGAAAAUUCGCAAGAAAGUUCGCAAGAACCCGACGGAACAAUCCAGCCUCAAAUUUGUGAAACAAUUCGGGACGAUAAUUAUUCACCAAGUGCAUCAUCAUCCAGUGACGAAGAACAAGAAGAUUCGCAAUCGCUCAAUAAUUCCAGUGAUGACGACGACGAAGGUUCCCAUUUCACUUCCUGCUCCGAUGAAGAAUACGAAGGUGGCACAACAAGGGCAAAAAAUCCGCGAAAAAAAAGUUUGCACAAAAGAAAACGUUCCCGUGGGAAAUAUCUGUAUUCAUCCUGCGGAAAAGAGCUGCAAAGUCGGAAAGCCCUGGUCGCCCAUGAGCUCAGAGCUUGCCACGUGCCCGUCGAAGAGAUCGGAGGACUCGGGGACUUCAAACUGCACGAGUGCGCCACCUGCGGAGACAAGUUCCUCGACCAGAAAGACUUGACGAGGUUCCCCUCCGCCCCCAAACUGGCCGCCCAUUUGAAAAACGAACACACCGGGGGAAACAAAGCCGUCGAAAAAUUCGCCAUCUGCGAAAUCUGCGGCGCUUCCAUAUCCGCCAAACGCGCCUCCAACAUGCGCGAGCACGUGAGUCGCGUCCACUUAAAAGUGGCACGAUCAACUUGUGACAAAUGCGGGAAAGGAUUUUUCAAUAAGCGCGAAUUAGCGAGUCAUUUGAAAGUUGGGUGCGACAAGAAAGGCACCCGAAAGCGGAAAAGAAAGCGACCACUCCCCCGAGUAGAAGAUGAUGGGGUGGAAAUGAAUGCAGAAUAA